UUGGACGCUGUCAGUGUCAGUCCUACCUCAACGAUGAGAAGGAAAACCGGACGAGUGAGCCAAGGGAGGAUUGUAAUCUCCCACUUGCGGUAUGCAGAUUGGUGCGCUACAAUUUAAAUUUGCGUUCCUAAGAGGAAGGAGGACAGAAUCACGUUCCGGGUGAGACAGGUUCGAUACGACGAGGAUCGACCCCCAUGCCUUCGAUAAUUGGUUUGCACUUACAGAGCACACAGCCAAGACAGGGCCAGCCACAAUGGAACUUGACCGCUGGAUGGAUAUAAAGGAUGUUGGCCUGGCCUGCCCUACCCUCCCCGGGGGUAGUGAACGCCCGCCAACUCGUGUCUCCGUCUCCAGUCUACAAUGCGGGCAUUUCGACUUCUCCAGACCUUUCUGGGGCUCGACAGCCCCCCUAGCAACCGCCAACAUCGUGACCUUCACCCCGUCCACCAGCCACCCGAACCUGACCUACAGCGUCACCGUCCCAGACACGACCACCCAGCAAAAUGCGGGACCAAUCUACCUCCAGAUCCGGGCCCCGCGCACGCUGCAAUGGGUGGCCCUGGGCCAGGGCAGCCGCAUGGCCGGCGCCAACAUCUUCGUGGUCUACACCAGCGCCUCGGGCACCAACCUGACCCUAUCCCCGCGCCUAGGGCGAGGACACAUCGAGCCGCAAUACACGGAUCUCGCCAACGCAACCCUCCUCCCCAGCAGCAGUGUCACAGACGACACCAUCGAAGCCACCAUCCGCUGCACGAACUGUCUGGCCUCCUGGUCCUCCCCAUCGGACACCAGCUACGCCCCCACCGCCACCGCCGCCCCCUUCAUCUGGGCCUACCACACCGGCAGCCCCCUGAACUCUUCGUCCCCGGAAGAAACCAUAACAAUCCACACCGACAUGGGCAGCACGACCCUCGACCUCAGCCACGCCCAAUUCGCCCUGCCAGAACACACCAACAGCACCUUCAACCCCUUCGCCCUGACCUCGCAAUCCACCGCCCCAGAACAAGGACGAAACACCCUCCCCUCCCCCACCAAAACCCGCGCCAUCCUCAUAGUCCACGGCACCCUCAUGGCAACCGCCUUCCUCCUGUGCUUCCCCCUCUUCGCCCUCCCCAUUCCCCUCGGGGUAAAAUACAACAUCCCCGGCCUCCACGCACCCCUCCAACUCUUCACCCUCUGUCUGACCAUCAUCGGCCUCGGGACCGGAGUCUACCUCGCGACGACAGUCUCCACCCUCAAACACGCGCACCCCAUUAUCGGAAUCAUCCUCGUCGGCGCGCUGGUGCUGUUCCAGCCGCUCGCAGGCUACCUCCAGCAUCGGCACUGGAAGCGCGAGGCCGCCAAGAGUGUGUUCGGAUUGGAUGUGUGUGGAUUGCAGGGUUUUGGCAAGAUGGAAAAGAGAUGA